AUGCCGAAAAAGAAAGCCAUCAAAACGAAAAAAGCAAAAGCCGGCAAAGGGAAAAAGGAUGGCAAGCAGGAGGGCAAAGUGGAUCGUGAGUCGGACAUGGAGAAGGCCCGCAGCAACGCCGCCCUGUGGGAGCUGAGGCUGCAGGUGACCGAGCAGUCCCUCACACAGUACCGUGAGUCCUGCAGGAAGCUGGCCCGAGCAAACGAAGAGCUGACCACCGACCUGUAUUGCGUGGAGAAGGACAGUCUGGAGACCACCUGGUUUUUCAACAAGCAAGAUGCAUCCAAGGACGAUAAGAUUCAUUCUCUGCACGAAACUAUUCAAAAUCAGGCGGCACAAGCACGUGAGCGUGAGAACCAGCUGAUUUCAGAAUACACACAACAACUGAAUGAGAUGAAGGCAUUGUUCAAAAAACGAUCACAGGACUUCAACAUGAUCGAAGAGGGGAUGAGAAGAAUCCAAGCGUUUGAGAUCCAGAAGGCACAGAUGGAGCAGGAAGUUGCUGACAUUCGAGAGAACAUGGAAGAAGCUGAAAAGAAACACAAAGAAGAGCUCAACAAAGUGGAGUAUGGUUUCUUUAAAGAAAAGGCUCGAUUGGAGAAGGAAGCAGAGACAACCAUCGCUCUGGUGGUGCAGCGGGCCCACAGUGAGGCUGUUGUACAGCUGGACGAUGCGUCACGGUCCGUCUUCAGAGAGAACGUGCGUUUGAAUGAAGCUCUAAAGCUUCACAUGAAGGAAACAGAGGAGCUCCAGAAACAGAUCCGAUCUCUGUCUGCGCAGAACAACUCUCUGGUUAUGGACAAGAACACAAACGAGGGAAUCAUAAAGAAGAACGCUGCCCACAUCUCCGUUCAACAAGAAGAAGUAUCCAAGCUUCAGCUGAAAGUGGCGUCACUGGAGGAGGCUCUGAAGCAGAAGGAAACCCAACUGAAGGCAGAGGAGGUGAAGCAGAAGGAGAUGACUGUGUCUGCUGCAGCGGGGCAGGUGGAGCUGGACAAACUGCACCAGGUCCUCUGCAUGAGGGACAAAGAGCUGACCCACAUCAAGAGGCUGGCCACCGUCAUCGUGGAGCAGAGGACCGAGCUGGAGAGGUUUUUCCACGAGGCCCUGGCUGAGGUCAAGCAGGAGGUCAUCGUCAGCAAGUCCAAGUUCAAGAAGGAUGCCCAACAAGUGUACCGCUGGACCCUGAAGGAGGCCAACAGAGGGACCAUAAAGUUUCCUCCCAUCCGCAACUUCCACAAGAGUCCCCACAGCACCAACUCUGUGUACGGGGACAUGGAGGCUGCAGCCAAGUGGGUGCACCAGCCUGGCAGUAAUAUACACAUCUCGGAUCUUACUUGGGAGCAGAAAGAGCAGGUUUUGAGGAACCUUUUUGCAAAGAUGAAUGGACAGGGCGAAAGAAAAAGCAGCCAUCAUUUGGUUUUGUCUGCUCCCCAAGAGAAGAUCAAUGUCAGGGAGAGUGAUGCUGCCGGGAGUAAGGAGCAGGCCUCUUCAGCAGCUACCUUCAUCACCCAGGGGCCUGAGCGCCUUCUGCCCCAUGUGCCCGCGGAGUGA